ACGUUUCAGUAGGCGGGGCGGCCCUGGGUCGGGGCGGCGACCGGCCGUCCUCCUCCUACAUUAUUAAAACGGACAGACGAAGAGGAGGAGGAGGGGGCGGGCGUGGAGUGACGACCGCUAGCGAGGAAGGGCGCCUGAUCCAGGGAGAGGGAUUUAUUUUCCUUCUACAUUCCUGAUGGAGUCUUACCGAGUGACUGGCAUUCCUCCGACUGGACCACAGCGGGGCAACCCCCAACCAUCUCACCCUUCUAGGCCCCAGAGCAAUGGAGGUGGUACAUAUGGUCUCAGCAUCCGAGUCCAGGGUAUAGACGGGCACCCAUAUGUAGUUCUUAACAACCAGGACAGAGGUCCUCAGUCUUUUCUUGAUCCCAAUAGCAAUGGCUACAUUGAGACAGAAGGUUCUUUUAUUGAUAACUACCAUGAGUAUGAUUUUCGAGGAGACAAGGACGGUGGACCCAAGAGUCCCUUCGGGGAGUACAGGUCUCAGAAAAUUAUGCAGUAUGUUACCUCUCAGAACGGCUCUGCAGAUUCACAAGGAAGAAAAGCACAAAACCUUUUGAACUUCCAGAGGCACCCUGAGAUUCUGCAGCCCUAUGACCCAGAGACCAACUCUCUCAACUUCCACAGUGUACCUUCAAGGCCCCUUUCUCUGACUGAGACUGAAACCCAAUCUACAUCCACUAUAUCUGCACCGUCCCACAGCAGGUCUUCUAGCCUAGAUCAAAACAAAGCUGCCCGAUCGAACAAAAAUCAACUUCCAACUCUGAGCCCGACUGACACUUCAUACCAAAAACCCAAAUUACCUUCUCAGUCUUUGGGUCCUGACCAAAAUUCUCAGCCUCAGACGAAGCCACAAGUAGCUCUGCCGCAGUCUAAACCUCGUCUCAGCAACCAGAGUCCACCUCAGCCCAAGCCAACACCCAAAAGUUAUACCCAAGCUGUGUCCAGUCCCACAAGUGAGCAGAACAAAACGCAGUCCAAGUCUCCCUCUUCAGUGACCAGUGCCAACUCCAGCCUUGAUCGCAAACACCGCGAGCCAGAUGUCCUUCCUUUGAGGAGGUCUGACUCCAGUGGACCUGUCCUUCAGUCAUCUUCUCGCUCACGCCAUUUAUCAUCACCCUCAACCUCUAAACUCUGCACGGAUGAGAGCAUCGAUCCGCUGUACGCGGACACUAUCAACCGCCACGAGAACCGGCGGUACAUCCCUUUUGUUCCAGGGUCGGGCAGAGACAUCGACACAGGCUCCAUUGCCGGUGUGGAUGAGCUCAUUGAGAGGUUUGACGGAAAAGUCGGCAACCACCAUCGGCGUGGCAGGGCCGGGCGAAGAAACCGGAUUAAUCCUGAGGACAGGAAACGCUCUCACAGUGUGGAUAGCGCCUUUGGUCGUGGAGCAUCCAGCCCCUUGGAUGAAUCCAGCCGCCGUAAGGGCACAUCAAUGGAGCACGUCCUGCGGCCCUCACAGCUCCGGAUGCACAGGACAGCUGGGAAUCAAGACCCUUGGUUCAUGGUCAACUCCAAGCCACCAUCUCGCACCACCAGUGCCCCUGGAUCUCCACAAAGCACCUUGUCUACAGGUGUAGGCUACAUCCAGGGAUACCCAAAAACCCAAAGCCAUUCUACUGUUGUAACGCUGAAGAACAAAGACUCAGUGGAUAGUGCGUCUUCAGCUGGCAAUCUGUUAAUGUCUUCAUCCAAGUCCACAACUGUCGUCAAAAAAGCCAGCACGGACUCUGACGUACAGGCAACACCAGAUCUUCUGAAAGGUCAGCAGGAGCUUUCACAACAAACACACGACGAGACCGCCAAACAGAUUUUGUUCAAUUACCUUAAGGACGGAAGCACAGACAACGACGAAACGACCAAGAGAAAGGUCAACCUUGUCUUUGAGAAGAUUCAGACGUUAAAGUCUCGAGCAACGGCAGGCCCUCCUGAUGACAAAUCCUUGGGUCAGUCUGCACAAACUAAAGCCCUGCAAGAGCAGAACGCUGCCCUGGAGAAAAGAAUGGCAGAACUGAAACAACAACUUCACGAACAAAGAACGAAAAAUAAGGCAGACAGUAUGGCAGCAUCAAACUUGAAGGAGCUGCAGCAAGAACUGGACCGGACCACAGAAGAGUGUAAACGCUUGAAGGAAAAACUCUCCAAGACAGAGCUUGAACUCCAGACCACACUUGAAGAGCUCUUCCAGGUGAAGAUGGAGCGGGAGCAAUACCAGACAGAGAUCCGAGACCUGCAGGACCAGCUGUCGGAGAUGCACGACGAGCUGGACACGGCCAAGACGUCUGCUGCUGACGACGAGAGAGACGCCGUCAUGGCGGACAUAAUGCAACUGAAAGUGGAGUUGCAGGAAGUUCUCCUGGCCAAGGAGGAGCAGGAGGAUGUCCUGAGGAGGCGGGAGAGGGAACUGACUGCUCUGAAAGGAGCCCUGAAAGAGGAGGUGGCCGUGCACGAUCAGGAGAUGGACAAAAUGAAGGAGACGUAUGAGAAGGAGAUGGGUUGUCUCCAGCGCUUCUUAGAUGAGGCCAAGCAGAGCAGCACAGCGGUCGUCCAAGAGAAGGCCGAAGUGGAGGCGGCCAAGGGGGCGCUGGAGGGCCAAGCGGGACGUCUGAGCCAAGAGGCGGAGCGGCUGCGCCGGCGGGCGCAGGAGCUGGAAAACGAAGUGGCCAAACUCAACCGCAUCAUCGACGACGCCAAGCUGCAGGAGAGCCGGCUGGGAGAGCGAGUGGCACGGAUGGAGAAAGAGAAGAAGCAGCUGGAGGAGUCUUUAAGUGAAAUCAAGGAGCAAGAGGAGGAGGUGUCUCGUGCGAACAGAGCUUUGACGUUACGACUUGAAGACGUGCAGAGGAACUUUUCCAAGAUGAGCAGUGAACACAAGGAGUUGGAGGAGAGGCUGCGGGAGGAGAGGGAUCAGAAGGAGCACUUCAAGAAUAUGAAGAAUGACAUCGAGGACGAAAGGAGGCUGCUGGACCGAACGGUGGAGAAACUUCAGAAGGAGAUGAACGACAUCGUGGACGCGUCGCAGUCAUCUACACGGGAGCUCCAGGCGCAGAUCGACAUCUACAAGGAAAAGAACCGGCGGGAGCUGACGGACCUGCAGAAGCUCCUGAAGGAGCGAGGCCAGGAGCUCGACAAGUACUUGCUGGCAGCCCAAACGCUGCAGGAGGAGCUGUCACAGCGGGAGGAGGACCUGCGUCGGUGUCAGCAGGAGCGAGACGAGGCCGUGCUCAGCGAGAACACGUUGGCGAAAAAGGUUAAUGAACUGGAGGCGGCGGUGCAGACCUCCGCCCACUCCAAGGAUGACAGGGCUCGGCAGUUCAAGCUCAUGGAGGACCGAAUUGCCCAGCUCGAGUUGGACUUAGAUGAGGAGCGUCAGAACGGAGACCAGCUGAUGGACAGGCUCGACCGAGGAAGAGAGCAGGUGGACCAGAUGAGAAAUGAACUCAUGCAGGAGAGGGCUGGCCGGCAGGACGCCGAGUGUGACAAGAUGGCUCUUGAGAGACAGAGCAAAGACCUGAAGAACAAACUGGCUGACCUGGAGGGCUCGCAAAAGUCCAGCAAAGUGGGCCAGGUGGCACAACUGGAGGAUCGCAUUCGGGAGCUGGAGGAGCGUCUGGAGGGAGAGGAGAGGGAACGAGCCAACUUGCAAUUGUCCAACCGGAGGCUGGAGAGGAAGGUUAAGGAAGUGAUGAUGCAAGUGGAGGAAGAACACCACACCAUGCAGGACCAAAAGGACCAGUUGAACCUGCGCCUGAAGGCCCUGAAGAGGCAGAUGGACGAGGCCGAGGAGGAGAUCGACAGACUGGAGCACUGCAAGAAGAAGUUGCAGAGGGACUUGGACGAGCAGCAAGAAACCAACGAGCAGCUGCAGAGUCAGCUUAAGUCUCUGCGCAGUGAGAUGAGGCGCAAGAGCACCUCCGCGCCGCUGCUCAACAAUCUGGACGACGACGAAGACGACGACGACGACAUGAGCACGGACGGCGAGACGUACUUCAGCUCGGCUUCCAGCUACAAGCGCUCGUCCAGUCAGGACAACCUGCUGUCCACCUUCAGCUUGUAGGUCAAAACGCGCCGCCAUGGGAAAAAAAACCCGCUUAACUUCCACCUCUUGUGCCAAAACGGCUGCUCCGAAACGAGCAGAAUAUCGCGGAAUCGCUUCAGUAUUAGUUGAGCAGCUCUGAGGUCAUUUGAAACCACAUUUGUAAAUACUCUCUAGUGCAUUUUUUUUUUUUCCACAUUCUGGAUUACAUUUUGCCGGGAUAUCAUUUACUCAACGUGAAUGCGCGGCACAUGACAGCCUCUGCAUGACGCUACUUAUUUUUAUAACCCUAUCAAAUGUCUCACUAUCAGAUUUUUUUUUUUAAUUUUACGCCGUUCAUUUAAAUGGAAUGUAUUUUUAAUGAGCAAUGAUGGACUUUUUUUUUUUUGGUAUUUAUUCCUGUCUAUAUGAACAAAUAAAUCCUGGCUUCAUUGAGGUGUUUAGGGAACAAUAAAUUAGGGACAAUGUACACACCUGUUUUUUUUUAUAUGGUUUUUAUAUCCGUCUCAAUAUAUCUUUAUUUACUCAGAGUACACAAUCGCUGAAAUAUUAACCUUUAACUGUCUUUUGAUCAGUUCAACGAACAAAUCAUUAACUACUUUACUGUUUUUUUUUUGUUGUUUUUUUUUUGUGGAACAGUUGUAACGUCCUCUGAAUUUUCCGGACGGAAUGUGAUAACCUGACAAUCAAAGUGUUGCGUCACUGUAAUUAUUUGCACUCCCUUUACUUAACGAAUAGUCCGCAAAAAUGGAUUGAAAGGUAAUUCCUGCCACUACCUCUGUGCGCGCGCAGUAUGUGUCGCCAUGCUGUGCGUUCUGCUGUGACUUCAAUAAACUUGCUUCCGUCUUACCGUACGUGCGGGUCUCCUA